AAGCCUCACCGGGUGACGUCAUCAGCGGAAGCCUAUUUAAGAUGCUCGGUGUUUUGUUUUGUUUUUUUGUCUUCUGCAGCCAGUUGGGCGUCGGCAUUCUGUCGCCUUCAGCCCGUUCACACGACGAACGUGCAAAGUUCUUCUUGAGCGCCGUAAAUUGCGUAUUUGCAACUGCCGAUGGUGCCGCCUCAACGCCGACUGAAAUGUUUGCACUCUUCAAAGGUGAAUUCCUCCGUGGGGGGGUCUCCAAUGUCCGGACAUUAUGAGCCGAUAUGCUGCCGGCCCCGUGACAUCGCAAGAAGAAGAAGAAAAAAUAAUGAAAAAUAAAUAAGGGCAUCACAAUCUGGAAGUGAUGCUCCUCAUUAGGAGCCCUGCAGCAACGCGAUGACGCACCCGCAGUGGUGACAACAGAGCAUCUUGGGGGGGAUCAGCCGGUCAGAUGGCAGCUCGUCAUCCUCAGAGAGUCGAUGUGGGAGAGGAGGACAUGAUGAACUGGGACAGAAACUGGCGGGCGACGACGAGGGCGGAAUUAGCCGCUAAUCGGGAUGAGCGAGGCUGAGCCGGAACGCGGCGGGCAUCGCGCUCGCACUCUCCCGGGAGUCGCUAUCUGCGCACCGACCGCCACACGUACGCCAGCCUGGACGGAGUUCCAGACCAUCGGAAUCUGGUGUCCAGCAGCGAUCCCAGCAGUCAGGGGGCUCCAGAGGCCCCGCGGGCCUCAGUAAGAGUCGUACGGUCGACGCCUUCAACCAGAGUCCGCCCGGCAGGCCCGCCGCAGGACGCAGUCCCUCGUCCCUCAAUCUUUUCGAAUCCCGAUUCCGGCAGGAGCCUAAAGAGACAGACAGCAAGUCGUCCGGGAUGUUUGGCUCCAGCUUCCUAAGCGGGGCCAACCCUCUCAGUGCCAUGUCAUCCAUGACCUCUUCUGUGUCCUCCUCCAUAUCGUCCAUGGGGGACUCUGUCAACAUCCCCAAGUUUGGGCUGUUUGGCGACGAGGAUGACGCCGCUAUGACUGAUUCCAAUCAGGGAGGAAAGCCACCUGGGAAGGGCCCUCAACAAGGACCAGGUCCAAAGACACCACAACAAGGGGGCCCCCAAAAGCAGGGACAAGGCCCUACUGGGCAGGGGCACAAACCCGGGCAAGGACAAGCAAGGCCAGGACUUAAAUCAGCUCCAGGACCUCAUGAACAAAUUCCUAGGCAAGGACAGGGGCAGCCAGGACAAGGACAAGGACCUAGACCAGGUCAAGGACCACCGGGGCAGCACGGACCUAAACAACAUCAAGGCCCACCAGGGCAACAGGGACCCAGACAAAGUCAAGGACCACCGGGGCAGCAUGGACCUAGACAAGGUCAAGGCCCGAUUGGACAGCAGUCACCAAGGCAAGGACAAGUUACAUCCGGUCAAGGUGCUAAACCGCAGCCAAAAGAACCUGGCAAGCCUGGACCAAAACAGCAAGGACAUCCAGGGCCCGGGGCUCAUACCGGGGAUGCUGCCAAGACUCAGCAGGGGACCGCGAAGCCCACAGUGGGGCUCUGUCCGCUGUGUAAGACCACCCCGUUGAAUACUGGAUCUGAGGGCCCGCCAAAUUACCGUCAAUGCACUGAGUGUAAGAACCAGGUCUGCAGCCUCUGUGGAUUCAGUCCCCCAGACUCAGCAGGUAAAGAAUGGCUGUGUCUGAAUUGCCAGAUGCAGCGAGCGAUGGGGGGCACGGACCCCCCGGGCAUGGCAAAUCCCAAACAAGGUUCGGCCCCACCCUCGCCACAGAGACAGGCUUCCGGAAAGCCUGCCAAACUGCUCAUCAAGCAGCAAAGCACCACAGACCAAGGCUUGACGCCCCCGACCACGCCGAGGCAGAAAUCUCCGGGAGCUACCUCUCCAGGUCCGCUUUCCCCAGGCUCCUCUGUGGGAGGCUCUCCCAAGAUAGAUCCCAAGACCGGUCGCCCUAUUCAGCAGAAGGCCAGCCCCCAGCAGUCGCCGGCUAAAGCCAAGCAGGAGUCCAGCUUCUUCGGUGGUUUGGGAGGUAUCAGUUUUGGUGGCUUGACUGAUUCAGCCAAGCCGGCCGCUGCGUCCUCGCAAGCUGCUGAGUCAGUCACCGGGAAACUGUUUGGCGGUUUCGGUGGAUUGAUGGACUCGUCCAAGCCUCAAGCACAUGCGGCUCCGAAGCAGGAGGAGUCUGGCGGGAAGCUGUUCGGAGGGUUUGGAGGAUUAUCAGAGGCCGCAAAACCCCCUGCCGCCGCCUCGCAGAUGUUCAGCUUCGGCUCGUCCCUUUUGAACUCGGCCACCAGUAUCGUCACUGGUGAGGAAGGGAAAACGGCCGAUUCUCUGCCGGGGUCGCCGCCGGACUCCCCGGCAGACUCCGGCCCCGGAUCCCCGCCUGACUCUCCCUUCUCCGCUCCGGGCUCACCCCCCGAUUCAGAUUCCGCUCCCGACACUCCGACGGUGAAGUCGAAGAAAUCCCCCAGGAUCAAGGCUGUUGAGCGAGAACCUAGCUUGGAUUUAGCAUCCAAAACUAAGGAAAACUGUCCUCUGUGCAACGCAGAACUGAACGUAGGGACACCAGAAGCCCCAAACUACAGACUCUGCACCCAGUGUAAGAAGAGUGUGUGCAAUCUGUGCGGCUUCAACCCCAGUCCUAAUUUAGGAGAGAAAGAAUGGGUUUGCCUCAACUGCCAGACGAAAAGAGCCAGUCAGCAAGAUGAAAUGGCUUCCCUGAAAAAGCCAACACCAACUCCAGCUCCCGCUCCCCCUUCCACCCCCACCCCUGCUGCUGUAGAUAGCAAACCCACUGUAUUAGAAGCAGCAGCAGCAGCAGAUCAAACCCCACCCGUUCCCCAAGCCAAGGUGAAAAAGUCGGAGACUCUAGAAGAGCCUGGGAACAGAGAAAGUGUCACCAAGGAAAGCAGUCCUACCAGCCCCUCUGACCUGGCCAAGCUGGAAAGCACAGUCCUGCCUAUUCUUGAGGCGCAAACGAAAGGCAACGAAGAGAAACAAACGGACCCACUGACGGCCAGACGUAAACUAGAGGUGCUGCCCCUUUCUCCCGAAACGCCCUCCUCGGACGAUGACAGAGAUGUGAGCAAAAGUAACGCAAAGAAAAAGCUUCUGGUUCCGCUAGAUGUCAGAAUUGAUUCACUGGAUGAUAGCAGCGAAAGCUUCGGAAAAGAGAGCCCCAUGUCGGGAGAUGAUGAGGAGUUCAUCCGCAAACAGAUCAUAGAAAUGAGCGAGAACGAGGACGCCUCGCCGUCCGAUGAGGGAAACCUAAUUCGGCAAAAGAUCAGACAAGAUGAGAGGAAACGUAUGGAAGACAAAAAAACAGAACCUGUAGUGAGUACCGCAUCAGGAAAAGGCAAGCGGCUAUCCAAGAAGAACUCAAUCAGUCCCAAUGAAGAAGAAGAAGAUAAAGAGCUACAAAACUCUCUAGAGAUCACUCAAAUCAUCAAAGUGGAUCCACCAGAACUCAAAGAAAAAGAGGAUCCUCAAAACGGUACUGCUGUUCGCAAAUUUCAAACCAUAGAGCUGAAUACAGCCAGCAGCACCAUCUGUGUAACUCCGGUCGAUGUAGAACCUGAGAUGGAAAGUCUGACAGACUCACCAGAUGAUCGUUCUAAAGGUGAGGGUUCAUCCAGUUUACAUGCAUCUAGCUUUACACCCGGAACAUCCCCAACAUCUCUGUCCUCGCUUGAUGAAGACAGUGACAGCAGUGGUCCCAGCCAUGUUCGUUCAAGUGAGAGCAAGCAGCACAGGAAAGCCAAACAUAGACAAACUGGACAAAUGCUCCCGACUAUUGAAGAUUCCUCUGAGGAGGAAGAGUUGCGGGAAGAAGAGGAGUUACUCAGGGAACAGGAAAAGCAGCGAGGCGCUGGUAAAAAAGCAAAGCGGGACAAAGAAGAGGUCCGAGGCCAGCGGAGACGUGACCGUUCGAUGACUCCCCCUAGCAACCUUUCACCUAUCGAAGACGCCUCACCGACAGAAGAACUGAGGCAGGAGGCGGAGAUGGAAGAGAUCAGGCGAUCCUCAUGCUCUGAUUUCUCCCCAAGCGUCGAUUCAGAUCCCGAAGGGUAUGAAAUCCACGCUGCAAAGAUUGCAGCCGUGCAGAAAACGUAUCAAUUGCCCACGUCUGCAUCUCUGCACUCUCCAACAGAAGAUAGAAACACUGAUAAAUCGCAGAGAAAACCUCUCCGAUCUGCUGAUGAAGCUUAUGAGGAGAUAAUACUGAAGGCGAAGUCUCCCACAGUUGAGAAUGUUGACUUUCCAGGAAAGGAGGUUCUUUAUGGAGGUAUGCUUAUUGAAGAUUAUGCUUUUGCAUCGGUUAUGGAUAAUUCGACAGAUGAUGUGGGAGAGAUCGAAAAGAUCAGCGUUCCUGCGCUGCCCAAGAAACUAAGGUCACCAGAUGAAGUUUAUGAGGACAUGAUCAAGAAGAGGAAGGAAUUUAUGAAGUUAGAACAGGAAUAUCAAAACAUGCAGGCAAAAAAUGAAAGUACAAACCCAGAAAUUGUGUUGCAACCCGCUAAGAACACCCUUUCCAAAGUCACCACAGUCACUCUGGGAAAAGAUGGGAAGCCAUUGUUGGAUGCUGAAAGUGCUUACAACCAGCUCAUGAAAAAGGUCUUGACUCCUGGAACAAGUCCGACUCAGCAAGACCAAGCAGUGGAACUCACUUCAUCUAAAAGGGCUCUCUACCCUAUUCCAGACCUAAAAGUAACCGAGUGUUCAUCAGGAGAGAUUUCCUCCGAGGACGAGUGUAUCAUUAAAAAGGAGGAUGAAGUCGACAAAUCAGAGACGUCAGCUGUGGAGACUUCAUCUCAUCCAUCAUACACAUUAGACCAGCAACCCCACACACCUAUCACAGCAUCCCAGUCUGACGUUGUCGACCUAUCAAGUGCAAUUUCAACGACAGGUGCUCCUGUAACUGCAAACUUUACUGUCUUGCCUACUGUCCCACAGUAUGCACAUGGCACUCCGAGCAUUGUUUCAACCGCUCCACCUAUCCCCCCUAAGCCAAAUGUCCUGCGUAGGGCUAACUCUCAGGAAAAAGCAGAUGCACCCAUUGAGCCAACACCGCCUCCCCCUACUCCGCAAAAACCGACAGUCUUUCCCAGGAAACCUCCAGUUCCGCUCCCACCUCAGGCUUCAACGACGCCAGUCAGGCCAGAAACAGUAACCACAACUUCUCUUUCUAAACAAUCGAUAACUCCCACAUACAGACCUCAUGUUCCGCCUCCUGUUCCUCCAAAGCCUGUUGUUCUUGCUAGCAUCGGAGAAGGCCACAGACAUGGUGUCAAACCACCAAUUGCUCCAAAACCUUGCUCACAGCCAUCCUCUCCUGCUCAUGGCUCGCAUCCACCAAGACCCACGGUGCUUCCCACAGGAGCCACUGAGAUAGCUUUGAAUCUUAGCCCUUCAUCUGAUAGCAAGCACUUUCAGCCCUCGCCAAAGUCUCCUUCUUCUCCUAGAUAUGCAAGAAACCUGCGUGAUACUUACGUAGUUAUCACGCUCCCUUCUCAGCCGAGCUCGCCAGUGGACAGUAUUUCAACUCAAGCCCCCACUGACACUGACCCAGCAUCUACUGCCCACCAAGCUCAGACCCCAAAUUAUCAACAAACACAGGCUCAACAUUCAUAUCAACACUCAACACCGUCUCGUACAACUCGAGUGCCUCUGGCUUACACCCGAGUGACAGAAUCCAUUGAAAAUCAGGAGAUAUGUGGGCCAGAAAAACACGUGUCAAGUUCUUGUCACAUUAUCGAGGCGGUAUCAGCCUCGGCACAGCCUCCCGUGAUCACGCCAAAUUUAAUCUCUCAAGUAGUUACCACAGAGGUCCAAAGAACCACAGUCUCUGUCGUACAUGAACGGGGACCCCCGCCUGUGCCAGUUCCGCGGGCAACUGGGAUACCCAUCUCAUUGGAGAAACCGAAGACUCAAUUGCCUGUACAGAAUGGACAGGUGGUCCUGCCUUGUGAGGUGGUAGAUCUGAGGACUACAAAGGCCGAUGCAGGGUCAGACAUGAAUGGUGUGGAUCUCUCUGCUGGCCUGGACUCCGGACGACAGUCUUUUGCAGCUGAUGUCAGUCGCCAGAGUAGCGCCGUGCAGUCACCUGUCGUCAACUUGAGUUCUGAAUCCUCGACUGUUUCGAUAGUGACUGACAGCAUCACCAUUGUGACAUGUUCUGCUACAAUCCAGAGUUGUGACAGUUCAGAAACCUCUCAAACAUCUUCAGUCCCCCUCCAGUUAACAAAAAAUAGAGCAUUUGAACCGGUCUCUCAAAUUGUGUACCGGUCAGUGGACUCUCAGUACCCUACUCACUCUGGUGAGGUCCCCAUUAAUCUCACAGUUGGUUCAAGUACAGGGGGUGGAGCAUUCCAAGCAGCGCCCGUAACAAUGGCAGCCUGUUGUGUCGCUGGUUGCGUCGCUAACGGACUAACAACAAGCACCACAUCUGUGGCAGGAGCAGUUGACCUGAGCACGACAAAACCAUUCAAUACCUUGGUAUCCGUGGACGCCAUUUCGACAGAGGUUGUCACAGCCGUCAUCACAGAGGACGACAGCAAGCCGGUGGAUCUGACUGCAGGGAAAAGAGCCGUGUGCUGUGACGUCGUCUACAAGCUCCCGUUUGCGGGAAGCUGCACCUCACAGCAGCCCACCACCCCUCUACCCGAAGACCGUUUCGGAUAUCGCGACGACCAUUACCAGUACGACCGCUCGUCGUAUGGCAUGAGGGGGUUUGGCGGAAUCAAACCAUCGAUGUCGGACACCAACCUGGCAGAAGCCGGCCUGUUUUUUUACAAGAGUAAGAACAGCUACAAUUUCAGUGGCACAACAGAUGGUGCUGUCGAUCUUUCCUCUGCAAAGAUGACAGAUGCAGGUGAAGCAGUCGAUUACUCCAAGAAAGGGGCGUACGUGGGAAUGACAAUCCCUCCUUAUUCCCAAGCCAGAGUGACAAAUGGUGUUGGCACUCUCUUUGGUACAAAUAGUGUACUGCGGUCAUCUAACGGGGUGGUGUAUUCUUCCGUCGCUGCACCAAUUCCAUCUACGUACGCUAUAACAACCCAGCCGGGAUCCAUCUUUUGUACAUCAUACAACAGUCAAUCGAGUAUGCACACCAGUGACACAAUGCCGUCGCUGUCGGACAUUCAGAAUUUGCCACUGACACGAUCCCACAGCUUCCUGUCUACUGUCUCGAUUACGACCGCAGAUGACCAAGGCGACGUACCGCUCAACCUCGAAAUGUCCAAAGAGGAGGCUUCCGGAAAUGCUGUCACCACAGCGACCACCUCUUUGUCUCUCGACUACACGGAUGAAUCCCUCGAGGCGAUAGCCGCAUCUCUGGAGGCUCUUUCCUCACCUAUGCUCCCCGGGGAUGGCCAGUACCACGCCGAGCGAGAGAGGCUCGAAAUGGAAAAACUCAAGCAGCAGCGCCUCGCUGAGGAGCUGGAAUGGGAGCGUCAGGAGAUUCAACGUUUUCGCGAGCAAGAGCAGAUGCUGGUGCAGAAGGAACUGGAGGAGCUUCAGGUCAUGAAGCAGCAAAUCCUGACCCAGCAGGAAGAGGAAAGGCAAGCGCACCUGAUGAUGCAAAAGGAAACCUACGCUCAGCAACAGGAGCAGCUUGAACAAAUUCAAAGACUCCAAGAGCAACUCCGCAUGCAACUCGAAGAGCAAAAGCUUCGUCAGCUGUAUCCAGGCGGGGAGAUGCUCGGCAACGGCAUCCAAGAAGCGAUUGUCUUGGGUCCCGACGGCACCGUGCUGUCACGAAAGAUCACAGACAGUGGUUGCCAAACGGACGAAGAGGACGAGACUGUGAACAAAGCCUACACAGCUGGGAGGAAAAAGAAAAGCGUCAAAAAGAGCGUUGACAGUUGCGUGCAGACGGAUGACGAAGAUCAAGAGGAGUGGGAGGCUCAGAGAAGCCGACAGAGUCGGCCACGGACCUCAAGAGGGGACAGAGGAGGGCAGGCGGACAUGUCUCUACAAGCGCACACGGAGAUUUCGAUACAAACGGAUGCAGACGGAAACAUCAGGAUGGAUACGAGAAUGGAGCUGUCAGACUCUGAAAGAACCUCGCCAAAGAAACGCCCCACGCCCUUGGAGAUCGGCCUAUCUCCCAACCUCAAAGCCGAGUCCUCCGCGCUCCAAGCACCCCUGAAGUCUCCCAACGUGCUCUAUUCCCCCUUAUCGCCCUGCAUUUCCCCAAGCAAAUCACUUGAAUUUGUAUCUUAUGAUAAAUCGCUGGGUGACAAAAGCCCUCAGAAGCUCAGGGGAAGCCCAGAUCCGGGAAGUCCAAGGGGACUAAAGCCCAUGCACAGAUCCUUGUCUGACCCGAAAUCCAUGAGUCCACCUGGGGAAGAAAGAACAACAUCUGGCGCCCAGUAUGGCGAUACUGGGAAAGGCUCGAGUGGAACACCAACUGGCACUCAAAAGAAGGUCAAGAGGACUUUGCCCAAUCCCCCGUCAGAGGACGAGUCCUCAGCCAGUGGCCAGACCACGUACAGCACCGGUUCUGCUCGUCGGAGAAUGUGCCGCAAUUCAAACAUGGCCCGCGCGAAGAUCCUGCAAGACAUCGACCGUGAGCUUGAUUUAGUGGAACGCGAGUCCUCCAAGUUGCGCAAAAGGCAGGCGGAGCUUGACGAGGAGGAGAAGGAGAUCGAUGCCAAGCUGAGAUACUUGGAAAUGGGCAUUAAUCGGAGGAAAGACGCCCUGCUGAAGGAGCGGGAGAAGAGAGAGCGGGCUUAUUUGCAGGGUGUGGCUGAAGACAGAGAUUAUAUGUCGGACAGCGAGGUGAGCAACAUCCGAGAGACCAGAGGUGACCGUGAUGACGGUGAGGAUGAGGAAAUAGAAAGCCACGGUCUGGAGCGUCCCAGGACGGCUCCUCAAUCAGAAUUGGAUGACUUUGUCCCACCUCAAACUAAACAUGAAUAUGGAAAAUACUCCCAGUUCCAAUACCCUCAAAGCCAAUACCAGCAGUCUCUCUAUCAGACCCCCCAGUCCUACCAGUCUCAUUCCAUGUACUCAUCUGUCUCCUCGCUCAGCAGCUCCCAACAGCAAAGUUACCAGCAGAUGCUCCUGUUGCAGCAGAAGGCCGCCAGACAAGCGGCUCUCCUCUCAGAACUGGACGCCACCAAAUACGAUGUCAUCAGCCGCCAGCCCGAUCCCACAUCGUCGCCUUACCUCGGCGUGAAAUACGACAAAUAUGGCAACCACCUCGACCUCAGAGCCUUGGAGGUGGGAAGUAUAGCGGGUGAUUCAUACUACUCGGAAAUUGAUCACCACACGCCUCGGAGUUACCUGCUCCUAGAAGAUGCGGCCGAGCUAGCUAAGAGCUCCUCUGGGCUGUCGUCGUCAUACAGUCUUGCUGAGAGAGAGCUAGCCAAAGCAGAGAAGCUGCUCCACCGUAGUGCUGCCGAUCUAGGAUCCGCUGACUAUCUUGGCUCCACCUCCAGGCUGCAUACGUAUGGCAAAACCCCCGAUGAAGAAGAUCCGAUGGAGGAACCCUACGAACUCAAGCUCUUAAAGCAGCAGCUGAAGCAGGAGUUCAGGAGAAGCACGGGUGGGACAGAAAGCUUAGACCCUCUGACAGGUCUUUCCCAGCACUACUACACCCCGAGUUCGAGCAUCUCCAGCUACUCCCAAAGGCACUAUCCAAAGUCAGACAAGUACAGCAUCAGUCGGCUGACUCUCGAGAAGCAAGCGGCGAAACAACUCCCAGCAUCCAUGUUGUACCAAAAACACAAGACUCCACUACUGGAGCCUAAAAUCUCCUCCAAGUAUUCCUCAAUUACUGAGGGAAGAGGUUUGGACAUGGACUACACAAACUAUUUGGGGUCCACCAGCGGCUCCCCAAGAUCCAGCCGACUCAUGCAGGACGAGAUUACCUUUGGCCUCCGUAAGAAUAUUGCAGAGCAGCAAAAGUACUUGGGGUCCACCUUGGGGGCGAACUUGGCAGGUUCGCUCAAUCUGGGCCAGAGCUUGGGCCUGGACUCCGCCUACCCGAGCGGCAGCCGCUCCAGACCGUCAUCCAGGCCUACAUCUUGCUAUGGCCUAGACCUGUCCAUUAAAAGAGAUCCUUCCAGCUCAUCGUUGAGACUAAAAGGGGACGGCGAAGCCUCCACAGACGGGCCCAGCUUCCAAACGCCCUCCGGUCGGACCAAACCCACCAGCCUCCCUAUCGUGCAAAGCGGGCGUGGGAGGAUCCCCAUCGUAGCCCAGAACUCCGAGGAGGAGAGUCCACUGAGCCCCGUGGGGCAGCCCAUGGGCAUGGCCCGCGCCUCCGCAGGGCCUCUGCCGCCCAUCUCGGCCGACUCCAGGGACCAGUUUGGUUCCUGUCUGUCCCUGCAGGACUCGCAGCAGCAGCAGCAACAGCAGCAGCACAUCAGAGAGGAACCGAGCAGGGGUAGGGCUUAUGUGCUGAUGGAUGACCUUCAGGGCACCAUGUCAGAUAGCGAAGACUGCCUCUGCUUCUUUGCGGCUGCUGAAGCCUACCACCUGAGACGAGAGGACACCGACUGGUUCGACAAACCCAGAGACGGACGCUCGGAGAACGGACACGACAAGAGACAGGGUAAAGGUCCAUACUACCCCUUUCCUCACAUCAGGGUCAAGCUGCACAGGGAUCCCAAAGACCGCAGUGUCUCAGGGAACGGCCUGGGCAUCCGCGUCGUCGGCGGGAAGGAGGUGCCGGACAGUAACGGAGAGAUUGGAGCCUACGUUGCCAAAGUUCUACCCGGCGGAGCUGCGGAACAAACGGGGAAGAUUCUGGAAGGAAUGCAAGUCCUAGAGUGGAACGGCGUUCCCCUGACAGGAAAAACAUACGAAGAGGUGCAAGGGCUCGUCGGCCACUCGUGUAUCGAGGCCGAAUUGUGUCUCAGACUAGAUCUCAACAUGCUGGCAGAAUCCGAAGGUUCCGGGCGCCUGUCCUUCCAGGAGCCAAGUCAAUGCGAAAGGCCUCCCAGGUCCCCGGGCGUGGACCCCAAGCAGCUGGCGGCGGAGCUGCAGAAGGUGUCCCAACAGCAGGCCCCGCCCUCCGCCGCCAGCCUCACGGCGACCACCUCGGCCACCUCUAGCCCCGCCCAGCCCGGCUCGCCGUCUGCCGGCAAGCGGCGGCACGGCAGCAAGGCUGCCGAUGGAAACAAAACCCCGUUACACCCCGUCACUGGUGACAUUCAGCUUCAAAUCCACUACGACAAGCAGCUGGGCAACCUGAUCGUGCACGUGCUGCAGGCGCGGAACCUGGCGCCGCGUAACAACAACGGCUACUCGGACCCCUUCGUCAAGGUCUACCUCCUGCCGGGACGAGGUGCUGAAAACAAGAGGAGGUCCAAGCACGCGGGCAAGAGCCUGAACCCGGAGUGGAACCAGACGGUCAUCUACAAGAACAUCCACCUGGAGCAGUUGCGGAAAAAGACGCUGGAGGUGAGCGUGUGGGAUUACGAGAAGUCUUCUUCAAAUGAUUUCCUCGGAGAGGUCCUUAUCGACCUGUCCAACACGGGCCAGCUGGACAACGUCCCGCGAUGGCUCCCCCUCAAGUCGCAGACGGAGGGGGAGCACCACCGCCGCUCCCACCAGGGCCGACACGGCUCCUCCAAGGUCCCCUCGCAGCACUCGUCCCCUAAAACCGCAGGCUCCGCCCAGGAACAGGACUCCCCCAAAUCUUCGGUGAUCAAAAGCCGAAGCCACGGCAUCUUCCCGGAUCCGGCGAAGGCGCGCGCCGGCUACAGGUCGGGCGAAGCCCCCGUGACGGCGGCUUCGCUGGACAGCGGCCUGAGCGGCAGCGCCUACAGCCUGCUGGACGAGGACGGCGAGAUGAACGAGGUGGACAGUGCCAUCUUCCAGGUGCCCCGAUUUGGGAAGAUUACAAAUGGUACAGAUGGGUUGAAAUCAUCCUUGGGUGAUGCUGACGGCAAGUCGCAGGUGAUGGGCGAGAUAAAGAUUGCGCUGAAGAAGGAAGCGAGGACGGAGGGAGACCACCUGGUCCUGGAGAUUCUGCAGUGUCGCAACAUCACCUACAAGUUCAAGACGGCAGACCACUUGCCCGACCUCUACGUGAAGCUGUACGUGGUCAACAUCGCCACGCAGAAGCGCAUCAUCAAGAAGAAGACGCGCGUGUGCCGCCACGACCGCGAGCCGUCCUUCAACGAGACCUUCCGCUUCUGCAUGAAUCCGGCGGGGCACUCCUUGCAGCUUUUCCUGGUGUCCAACGGAGGCAAGUUCGUGAAGAAGACGCUGAUCGGCGAGGCCUACGUGUGGCUGGACAAGGUGGACCUGCGCAAGCGUGUGGUCAGCUGGCACAAGCUGCUCGCCAGCACCGCGCACAUCCACUCCUAGGGCGGAGCGUACCACGUGGAGACAUGGGCCGGAGGGUGGGGGUGGAGGGGGUUACAAGUUCAAUUCCGACUUGCAGGAAGUGCACCACGCAAGUCAGCAGGUACAAAAAACACUCAUCACCAUCCACGCACUGAAUACAGGGACACACAUGUACAGUCGAUGCUCCUUCACCCCCUUUGAGAGCGUUUGACCAGCGACUCCGUGAGGACUCGUCUUUAUUUUUCUAUUAGCAACAUCGACCUCUGUUGGUUCUUCACGGGAAGUCGUUUGUCGGCGAUAACACUACCUAGCAUUCCACUUCGGGACUUUAGUUUCGCGUGCGCAAACGAGAGUUCUGUUGCGCUUUUGUUUCAGAAUUAUUGAUUUAUAUUUGGUCGGAGAAUUGUGCGAUCUGGUGCCGCGUCCACCUUGUACAGAGCAAAAAUGUCUUCGCUGGAUAGAUACAUAUUUAUAUAAAUAUAGAUAUAAUGGUCUUUAUCACAGACAAUCAAGUCUUGAUGAUUGUGACGUUCAAGUCCACCCCUCCACCCACAAAAAAAAAAAAACUGUCGUGUCUUUUUUUUGUGUGCACUUUUCUUCCUCGAAUGUUAAAGUGACAUAGCAGUAAAAAAAAAAAAAAGAAAAAGUUGAGAUUUAAUUAUUUUAUCCAUAUUCUUGCAUAUCAAACAUAGCGUUCCAGAAAUAUUACGUUUUAUUUUCUAUGCAACCUCAACAAGUAACUGCGGCAAAAGAAGAAUUGAAAUAUGAGAAAUGGGCACAUUUUUGAAUAUAUAUAUUUUUCUUUUUUUUAAUUAAUUUAUUACUUCUAAUGUUAUUUAUAUUUUUUUUAUUUAAUGUAUUUUAUCAUUUGAAAAGUUUUACAUAUUUAAUAUAAUUUUUAGAUUGUCAUAUUUGACUUGCCUAUUUAUGUAUUUAUUGUAAUCUAAUGGUAUUCUAUAUUUCCUUGCGAGAUCAUUUCUUUCGCAGCAAAGACAGAUUAAAUAUAAGACCAAAUUUUAUUUAUCAAUCGCUACUGUAUGUAUUUAUUGCCACACAAUUAUUGAUUCCCAGUGGGGCCAAGUAUUGAUCACUUGUCAACUUUCCAGCAACAAUGGACAGAAUUUCAACAAAUACAUUUCUAAACUUUAACUUGAUUUUCACAGAUAGAAGUUGUCCAUUUAAUAUUUCUUUUUUUUUUUUUUUUUUUUUCCUCCCCCGGUAAUACCAUUUGUUAUGUUUACGGUGCAUAACGCGUGAGUGUGUUUUUUGUACACAACUUUACUGUACGUAGUACUUGUUUACAAAGUUAAGUUCCAAAGGUCCGAAACUCAGAGAAUUUUUUCCCGUUUACAGAGAAUUCCGACGAAAAGGCCAGGCUCUCCGCGUUUUCUCGCUUAAUUUCCAGCAACGACCAAAAAAAAGAGACUUCCCCAUUUUAAGGUCACCGUGAGUGUGCAUCUUUCUUGAUUCAUUUUUUUGGGGCUAUUUUAUUUUAUUUUUUUUAAAUCGAUUCAGCGCAUGUCAUCGAUCUGUCUUUAGGAAUCAUCAACACUCACGCGCACCUUGAAGCGUGUAAAUGCGUCGCCUUUUUUAAAAAAUAACACCGGGCUUUGGGAGCAAUAGGUCUUUUA